GAGGAGGUUUCCUUUCACUCUGAAUCAACAACAAGGAGUUAUCUGGGUGAGAUUCGGACUUGAGGUGCUGAUCUGUAAACAUAAGCAAACAAUAUCCCUACUUCAACUUUCCACUUUGUAAAGGAGUCUGGCAAGGAGGUGGUCACCAGAGAGAAGCAGCAGGCACUGCACUCAUUGCACCGGACCUUCUCUGUUACUGGAGUCCUCUGAUAAAACUGGCAUCUAUUUUCUUGCAGAGGUCACUUGGAUCUAAUACUGGGAAAGUUUAACCCAAGAUGACAAGCCUGGCUGGAGCUGUGCCGCGAAUGAUGAGACCAGCUCCUGGACAGAACUAUCCCCGGAGUGGGUUCCCUAUCGAAGUGUCCACUCCUUUAGGCCAAGGCAGGGUGAACCAACUUGGUGGAGUGUUUAUCAAUGGCAGACCAUUACCAAACCACAUCAGACAUAAAAUUGUAGAAAUGGCUCAUCAUGGAAUAAGACCCUGUGUGAUCUCACGACAGCUCAGAGUAUCCCACGGUUGUGUGUCAAAGAUCCUGUGUAGGUACCAGGAGACUGGAUCCAUCAGGCCAGGAGCAAUUGGUGGCAGCAAACCCAAGCAGGUGACCACUCCAGAUGUAGAGAAGAGGAUUGAAGAGUAUAAAAGAGACAAUCCGGGUAUGUUUAGCUGGGAAAUUCGAGAUAAAUUGCUAAAGGACGGAGUCUGUGAUCGAAAUACUGUUCCUUCAGUGAGUUCUAUAAGUCGGAUAUUGAGGAGCAAAUUUGGAAAAGGAGAAGAUGAAGAUAUUGAGAUGGACAGGAAGGAACAAGAGGAACACGAGAAAAGAACGAAACACAGUAUCGAUGGAAUACUAAGGGAAAGAGCGCCAUCAUCCCCUCAGUCUGAAGAGGGAUCUGACAUUGACUCAGAACCAGAUCUUCCUUUAAAAAGAAAGCAACGUAGGAGUCGGACCACAUUCACUGCAGAACAACUGGAGGAACUGGAGAGAGCAUUUGAGAGAACCCACUAUCCUGAUAUUUAUACCCGUGAGGAACUGGCUCAGCGAGCUAAACUAACCGAGGCAAGAGUUCAGGUCUGGUUCAGUAAUCGUCGUGCUAGAUGGAGGAAGCAAGCAGGAGCCAAUCAACUUAUGGCAUUUAAUCACCUAAUUCCAGGGGCAUUCCCACCUGCAGCAAUGCCAGCUCUUCCCACCUACCAGUUAUCUGAAACGUCUUACCAGCCAACCUCCAUACCACAAGCUGUAUCUGAUCCAAGCAACACCGUUCACAGGCCCCAGCCUCUCCCUCCGAGCAGUGUUCACCAAAGCAGCCUCCCUUCCAAUCCUGAGAGCAGCUCGGCCUAUUGCUUGCCCAGCGGCCGGCAUGGAUUUUCCAGCUACACAGACAGCUUUGUACCCUCAUCCGGACCUUCCAACCCUAUGAACCCCGCCAUUGGCAACGGCCUUUCACCUCAGGUAAUGGGUCUCCUGACUAAUCACGGUGGAGUUCCUCACCAGCCUCAGACUGAUUAUGCCUUAUCACCAUUAACUGGGGGUCUAGAACCCACAACAGCUGUAUCUGCAAGCUGCAGCCAGAGACUAGAACACAUGAAAGGUUUGGACAGUCUAUCAACAUCACAGUCCUACUGCCCGGCAACCUACAGUACCUCUGGAUAUAGCAUGGAGCCUGUCACAGGAUAUCAGUAUGGACAAUAUGGUCAGAGUGCCUUUCAUUAUCUGAAGCCUGAUAUUGCAUAAAGGAGUGUUCCUUCCCAUGGUAUUCUUCUUAAAUGUUUGGACAAUAUGGAUGUGCUGUUCAGUUUACCAACCCAGUCUGGGGUUCACCUGCAAUACAGAGACUAAAAGACAAAGGAUAUUGCUCCGUUAAGGUUCAAAACAUGGAGUACGCGGAUGAUACCACGGUGCUGAGGGAUGUGCGGGACAGGAUUGGAUGGAAUAUGUUUUUGCUGACAAAACAUAUCUGGCUCCUGAUACUCAGAUAGCAUUCCAAAGUCAGAAGCUACAAACUGUUUACAGCUCUAUAGGAGUCUGAAUCAAUUAUCAAAAAAUGCAUCCAAGCCCAUGUCAAUUACUAAGUUUACACAUUGUUUGACCCUGACAUGAUCAUAGCUUAUACUGUAAAUGGGACAAUGUUAACAAAAUGAAUGAGAAGAGAUGUUUCUUGAUCUUUCAUUUUUGUAAACAAAACAGUGGCUAGUGUGUGAGCCAAUCAGAUCCAUCAUAGACAGAUAAACAUUGCUGAUGCUGCAGGUGUGAAAAGACUUAUCUAGCGUAAAGACAUACGUUUGUAGGCCAAAUUGUGCCCUGCUGUAAAAUUAUUGUUUUUGAGAGGGUUGAUUUGUUUGAUACUUAAUUUUUAACCCCAUUCACCUUUUAAUAUCACAUAAUUACUUCAUCAAUGUAAUAUUUGGUGGUUGUCUAUUUAUGUUUUUUUUUUUUUUUUUUUUACAAGUUUACUCAAUCACAUUUUAUAAAAAAAUGGAUUUUCUUGGCAUUCUUAAUUAUAGGCGAGAGACACCAAAUCCAAAAUCUGACUCAAAUAUAUUAAUUAUAUGGCUGUCAAUCAAAGUGCAAUACCAUACCUCACUUUUACUUUGGAGGCAACCUCUACAUUUUUGCAAGCACAAGAGGUUUAUAUUUUCUGAAAUUAUUUUUAGUUUUCAAUGAACUUGAAAAAACACAAUUUCUUCAGUUUCUUAGUAAUAUAACAAAACAUUCCUUCCUUUGUCGUAUAUGUUUAAUGUACAUCUAAAUUAUAAUUUAAUUUUUGAGUGGGGGUGUUGGUAAGGUAUUUAGAAAGUCCAUAUCUAUUGAUUGACUAGGCAUUGUAUUAGGGUUUCCAUUUAAUAAUAAUUUAUGUUUAGCAACUUUUAAAAUCCCAUUUAAUGUGUGGGAUGAUUUAUCUUACUGAAAAAGUGGUCUUGCCUUUACCUCAUUCAGGGAAGGGAUUACCCAACAUUAUCCUGAUCCUUGCUCCAUGCAUCUGCAUUAAAAGGGGUUAGAAAUCCUCCAGCACUGAAAAAAUGUACAAAUUGUAUCAUAUAACCCAAUGGCAGGGAAAUGACAAAUUGUGUUAUUUAUUUCUGUUUCCCUCACAAGACAAGUGAGGUAAAACAUAAAAUAUACAUUCCAUCAAUUUGGGGUAAUUAGGGGUUUAGAUAGAAUACGUUUAGAACUGAGAUCAGACUUUCGUCUUAGAGGUGAUGGAAGGAGUCACAUUUUAUCUGUACGUAGCCGGUUCUAUCGGCAACAGAUGCUGCAAUAUGUUUCAUGUAAAAAAGUGCAGUAAAUAUUUACUAUUUAUAAUAAAUAAAGAAUAUAAAGAAAUAA